CGGUCAGCAACUGUCACGUCUGGGAAGUUGUCGCUGUUGGACAUUUGAGUCAUAGGUUUGAAAAACAAAGUGAGUGGGCUGUUGGCCUAUGAACCCCUUAUCAGAGGUUGAACACGGGACCUUGUUCAGAUAAAUAUCCCAUCAAAUCCAACCACUCCUCAUUCUCCAAGAAGACACAACCACAGCUGCUGGCUGACAAUGGCUCCAUCCCUUCUUGUCACAACAGGGGGAAUUUUAUUUCUAUUCUCUUUCUCGUCAGCUCAAAUUAGAGGAGAUGGUAUUCAGGAAUGCACCCCAAACGAUGGCUUUGGACAAUACUGCCCGACUACAUGUGGAGUCGCUGAUUACUUCCUGAAGUAUUUACCAGGAGUGAAUCAGGAUUUGGCCGACAUGCAAAGAGAAUUGGAAACAAUUGCCAAUUUGACUGAAGGGGCAGAAGAAAAGAUUGUGGACAUGAAAGAUUCUGCUGUUUCAGCUCAAAAGAGUUCUCAACCAGACCUAUAUUAUAAGAGAUCAUCAAGCAUGCUGGAUGAUGUGCUUCGAUAUGAGAAGACAAUCAUUGCACAGGAACAGCAGAUGUUCGAACUGCAGAAUUUAAUCUCAUCCAAUGAGAGAAGAAUGGCGGAUUUGAAACAGAUUUCCAUUCAGCUGCAGCAGAAGUGCAGCGAGGCCUGCAAAGACUCAGUUGAGAUCCAAACCACUACCGGAACAGACUGCCAGGAUAUUGCUAACAAAGGUGCUACUACCAGUGGUAUUUACUACGUGAAGCCAUUGAAAGCACCAGAGCCGUUCCUGGUCUACUGUGAGAUUGACAGCUUUGGACGUGGAUUCACUGUAAUACAAAGGAGACGUGAUGGCAGUUUGGACUUCCACAAGGACUGGAUCCAGUACAAGAACGGCUUUGGUUAUCUCUCUCCUGAUGACACCACAGAGUUCUGGCUCGGAAACGAGAAGAUGCACCUGCUGACUACGGGCUCCAACAUCCCAACAGUGCUGAGGAUAGAGCUUACAGACUGGGAGGGCAACAAAAAGUAUGCAGACUACAAUAUGUUCAGGGUGGGACCAGAGAUCGACAUGUACCGCCUGUCCUACGGUUACUACUAUGGUGGCGAUGCAGGCGAUGCUUUCGAUGGCUUCGACUUUGGCGAUGACCCCAGUGACAAGUACUACACAUCGCACAACGGCAUGCAGUUCAGUACUUUUGACAAGGACAACGACAAGUACGAUGGCAACUGUGCACAGCAGGAUGGCUCGGGCUGGUGGAUGAACAGAUGCCACGCGGCCCAUUUGAACGGCAAAUAUUACCAGGGUGGCAAGUACACAGAAAAGGAUGCAGGUGAAUACGGCUUCGAUAACGGCAUCAUUUGGGUCACAUGGCACAGCCGUUGGUACUCCCUGAAAGAGACCACCAUGAAGCUCAUUCCCCUCAGCCGCAUCACAGCAGGGGGUGGACAGCAGGCCGGUGUGAAACAGUUUGGCGGACUUGGAGACAUUUAAAGAAGGAAAAGUUUAUGGUCUGCAUUUUUUUUUGUUUUAUUGUCCUCAAACCACUUUAGAUUAAAUAAACGGCCCCAACUACUGUGUGUCUCUCUGUGACGUCCACAUGAGUCGUUAAUCUUACACAAUUUAAUAGUGAUGUUUAUCUUUGCCAUUUCUUCACAUUAAGCACUCAAUAAAUAUAUUUUCCUAACAA